UGGCCUAUAUAAAUGAUCAAACAUCUCCUAAUGUUCUAUAGUUGUUACAUAACGUUGCAAAAUGUUUUCAUUAGAAUUGGGUUUGCUUUUAACAGCUGUCCUGGCACAGUCCAUGCUUUUGGUGUGUGGCCAGGACGUAUGUGGACAAAACCAUUGGGCUGAAGGGACACACCCACACCCUAUAGACUGCAACAAGUACGUGACGUGUAACAAUUUCGUCACGACCAUCCAUACGUGCUCAGCAGGAGAGUCCUUUGACCCCUUAAUAAGAAUAUGCCGGAAUUCUGCCCAAGUCCCUGCAUGCAACGAUCAAGUUCCCACUGUUGCACCUGUUACAUUGGAUAUGAGAAGCGUUUGCUACGACUACCAACUUCCAAAUGGCAUUUAUCCAGACCCCGGUAGCUGUUCUCACUAUCUGGAGUGCGUGUUCGGUAACACAUACCACUUGGCGUGUCCGGAUGGCCUAGAAUUCGAUUCCAAGGCCAAAUUGUGUGGGGAAGCCAACAGAAUCAACUGCGCGGACAACUACCACUUCUCUUUCACGGCCCACCUUGGUUAAAGUGUUUCACAAGAUCUGCAGUGGGCAGAGUUUACAGGUUAAAAGCUAAAAUAAUAAUUUUAAAAAUUCUUAAUAUGACAAAAUAAACGUCUGUUUUUUGUUGC